AUGGGAUCUGAAGUAGAGCAUAAGAUUCCUGUCAUAGAUUUGAGCGAGGAAAAGGACUUGAAGCCUGGAUCAGAUUCAUGUGUCUUGGCCUGCAAAAAAGUCCGAUAUGCCAUGGAAGAGUACGGCUGUUUCGAAAUUGUUUGCGACAAAUUUCCUCCAGAACUUCGCAACUCGAUAUUUGGUGCAGCUAAAGAUUUGUUUGAUCUUCCCAAAGAAACUAAGAUGAAGAAAAUAACUGACAGGCCUAGCGCUCUUGGCUAUGUGGCAGAACAUCCCAAACAUCCUCGCUACGAAACUCUUGGAAUUAAUAAUGGGGUGUUUGACUCCAUCAAGGAAUCUUCCUUCCACAUUCUCCAAUUCUUCAAGUACCGAACACCGCAGUCCGACGAGAGUGACCUAUCCCUAGGAUUGAGCGCUCACAAAGACAGUGCCCACAUAACCAUAAUUCAUCAGCAUCACGUCGGAGGCCUACGGAUCAAAACAAAGGAUGGUCAAUGGAUAUUUGAUGUGAAGCACUCGUCCUCUUCCUUUGUAGUUCUUGCAGGCUACGUGCUUAUGGCAUGGUGCAAUGACAGAAUAUUCGCAUGUGAGCAUCAAGUGAGUAUCAGAGAUCAGAACGAAACCAGAUAUUCCGUUGGAUUAAUCACAUACACCAAGGGGAUCUUAAAUGUUCCUGAAGAGCUGGUCGAUGACAAACAUCCGUUACGAUAUAAACCGAUUGAUAGUUUUGGUUUCAAAAUUUUCCGUCUUUCAGAAGAAGGAAGCAAAAGUGCAUGUUUGUAG